AGUUGGCGUCUUUGAACUCGCUGGACCACUGGAGUCCAGGCAGCGCCUAGAAGCCGCUCUGCGGGGAUGCCUUCAUUGGAGAAGUAAGAACUUCCGGCCCGGGUCCUUGCAUCCUCCCCCGAAACAUCCCAGAAGAAAGGGGAGAAAGACCCCAGGGGGAGGAGCAAGGGGGAUCCUCGCGCAGAUCUUUGUCCCCUCUCCUGGCCCCGCAGGGAGCGCAGGCAUGGAUGCGCUCAGCUCUGGCCAAGGCAACAACACCACCGCUGCCGAGGGUUCAUUUGGAGCAGGCAGCAAUGCUACUGACAUAUCCGACGUGACCUUCAGCUACCAAGUGAUCACCUCCUUGCUCCUGGGCACACUCAUUUUCUGCGCGGUGCUGGGCAAUGCCUGUGUGGUUGCCGCCAUCGCCCUGGAGCGUUCCCUGCAGAACGUGGCCAACUAUCUCAUUGGCUCACUAGCCAUCACCGACCUCAUGGUGUCGGUGCUGGUGCUGCCCAUGGCCGCGCUCUACCAGGUGCUCAACAAGUGGACGCUAGGUCAGGUCACCUGCGACCUGUUCAUCGCGCUCGACGUGUUGUGCUGCACCUCAUCCAUCCUGCACCUGUGCGCCAUCGCGUUGGACAGGUACUGGGCCAUCACAGACCCCAUUGACUACGUGAACAAGAGGACGCCCAGGCGUGCUGCUGCGCUGAUCUCUCUCACUUGGCUCAUUGGCUUCCUCAUCUCCAUCCCGCCCAUGCUGGGCUGGCGUACCCCUGAAGACCGCUCGGACCCGAACGCGUGCACCAUCAGCAAAGACCACGGCUACACUAUUUACUCCACCUUCGGCGCUUUCUACAUCCCGCUGGUGCUCAUGCUGGUUCUCUAUGGCCGCAUCUUCAGAGCGGCGCGCUUCCGCAUUCGCAAGACAGUUAAGAAAGUGGAAAAGAAGGCAGCAGACACCCGUCGUGGGGCCUCUCCAGCCCCGGAGCCUAAGAAGAGCGUGAAUGGAGAGCCUGGGAACAGGGACUGGAGGCGGGGCGUGGAGAACAAGGCAGGGGUAGCUCCGUGCUCAAAUGGGGCGGUGAGACAGGGUGAUUACGGUGCCGCCCUGGAGGUGAUCGAGGUGCACCGCGUGGGCAACUCCAAAGAACACCUGCCUCUGCCCAGCGAGGCUGGUGCGGCCCCUAGUGCGACCGCCUCUUUCGAGAGGAAAAAUGAGCGCAACGCUGAGGCCAAGCGCAAGAUGGCUCUAGCUCGUGAAAGGAAGACCGUCAAGACGUUGGGCAUCAUCAUGGGCACCUUCAUCCUCUGCUGGCUGCCCUUCUUCAUCGUAGCCCUGGUCCUCCCCUUUUGCGAGAGCAGCUGCCACAUGCCCACCCUGUUGGGCGCCAUAAUCAAUUGGCUUGGCUAUUCCAACUCCCUGCUCAACCCUGUCAUCUACGCCUACUUCAACAAGGACUUUCAAAACGCGUUUAAGAAGAUCAUUAAGUGCAAAUUCUGCCGCCGAUGACAGAGUAGCCAGCGAGUAGGGGGUAACAGAAC